CCUGUCAAAAUUGAAAACUUUCCCAAAAUAUCCUAAAUUUUCCUCCGAAUAUCCUCUCAAGGAAAGAAAACAACGACAACUUUAUUCUCUUUCACGUUUCCUUUUGACAACGUAAGCACAUGUUCUUUUUCCCGCUUGUUGGGUCCCACUUGAAUCUUCUCUUCCACUGUUUGUCUCACUCUCACAUCAGAUCUCAUCCAGUUUGUGUUAUAUAAACCCCAUUCAAGGAUACAUCUCUUCAUCCUUCUCCUCCCAGGUUUAAGUGCUUGAUUAACAAGUUAUAAUGGCUUCCCUGAAUCCUGGUGUGCUUGCUUUGUUUGAUGUUGAUGGGACUCUUACAGCUCCAAGGAAGGGGGUUACUCCAGAGAUGUUGAAGUUCAUGCAAGACCUACGCAAGUUUGUAACAGUUGGAGUUGUUGGGGGUUCUGAUCUCGUAAAGAUAUCUGAGCAACUUGGCCAGACAGUUACCACUGACUAUGAUUACGUAUUUUCUGAGAAUGGUCUUGUGGCUCAUAAGCAAGGAAAGCUCAUUGGAACUCAGAGCUUGAAGACGUUCGUUGGGGACGAAAAGCUCAAGGAAUUUAUUAAUUUUACUCUUCAUUACAUUGCUGACUUGGAUAUCCCUAUUAAGAGGGGAACAUUUAUAGAGUUCCGUAGUGGGAUGCUGAAUGUAUCACCGAUUGGGCGAAACUGUAGCCAAGAAGAAAGAGAUGAGUUUGAGAAGUAUGACAAGGUUCAGAACAUACGCUCAAAAAUGGUUUCUAUACUUCGCGAGAAGUUUGCUCAUCUUAACUUGACAUUUUCCAUUGGAGGACAGAUAAGCUUUGAUGUUUUCCCUCAAGGUUGGGAUAAAACAUACUGCUUGAGAUACCUUGAUGGUUUCAAUGAAAUCCACUUUUUUGGUGACAAAACUUACAAGGGUGGAAAUGACCAUGAAAUUUAUGAAUCUGAACGGACUAUCGGGCACACAGUUACCAGCCCUGAAGAUACUAUCAAGCAGUGUACAUCUCUCUUCCUGGGACAUUAAGAUUUUUGCAGUCAGCAUAUCAUUAUUGAUACUGGAAACAACAUGGAGCAAUGAUUGACAGAGGAGAGGGCCACAUGAUUCGAAUAUAAUUAUAUCUUCUGAUUGUAAUUUUAUCAUAGUACUUCACAUUGUGGAUUUAAUAAGAAGCAUAUCAUUCAAUUAAAUUUGGUUUCUCAAUAAUUUGUUAAUUACC